UAGUCCGGUUUUAACCCUCUGUGUUAUGGUGAAUGCUGUUUACUUCAUGUUUUUAAUGGGUGGAAAACCUAAGCUUGUCAUGGCUGUGAAUGUUUACUCCACGUCGGUAACUAGUGAGAACCUCAGUCGCCAUGAUCUGCUGACCUGGAUUAACAGCUCCCUUCACAUGAACCAUGCCAAGAUUGAGCAGCUGUGUACAGAGCACACUCCUAAUUCUCUUCUCAUUGGAGACUGUGUUGCUGCUGUGAUGUUCCUAGGUGCUGCCUACUGUCAGUUCAUGGAUAUGUUGUUCCCAGCAUGUGUGCCAUUGAAGAAAGUGAAAUUCCAGGCCAGACUUGAGCAUGAGUAUAUCCACAACUUUAAAAUCCUUCAAGGAAGUUUUAAAAAGCUAGGGGUUAAUAAAAUUAUCCCAGUGGACAAGCUUGUGAAAGGAAAAUUUCAGGAUAACUUUGAGUUUGUGCAGUGGUUUAAGAAAUUCUUUGACGCUAACUAUGAUGGAAAGGAGUAUGAUCCAGAAGCAGCUCGACAGGGGCAGGAGGUUGCUGCCUCCCAGUAUCCGGCUCCAGGUUUGGCUAAUAAACCCCGGAAAGGCAAUUUAGAGACACGGAUUAGUUCAGUGAAGCCCACGGCUCCAGUGGCUCCACAGAGAAUGGCUGCAGCUUCUCCUAAGCGGGCAACUCCUCCAGUGCAGAGAACAGAUUCAGGGACGGGAGAUGAGCUCAUGCAGAUGAUCAGUGAACUAAAAUGCACCAUUGCUGAUCUGGAGAAGGAGAGGGACUUUUAUUUCGGCAAAUUGAGGAACAUUGAGCUCAUUUGCCAGGAAAAAGAGGGGGAAGCUGAUCCAAUGUUGCAAAAAAUUGUUGACAUUCUAUAUGCCACAGAUCAGGAAGGUUUUGAGAUCCCAGAGGAAGGUGCUGGUGAACCCGAAGAGUUUUGAGCUAUCUUUAUGCAGUUGCCUGAUGUAAUGUUAAGCUCUUGUUCAAGUGGGUGUGUUUCCCACAUGCCAUCUUUCUUCAUUCAGCUGCCACUGAGCCUUUGCUUGUGAAUGUUGACGUUUGAAUGUUUUAUAAUUGUAAAUGUUCGAUUUCUGUGGCUUCAACUAUUUAUUUUUGCAUCAACAGAUGACUCAUUUUGAUAUUAUUAAAGGUGGAUGUUUGUCACACUUUCUAUGGAAUG